AGAAACCACCCAAUAAUUUUUACAUUUUUGAGUUUUGUGCAUUAGAGGAGUUUUGGGUUUAACGAGAAAAAUACCCACCACUUACCGCCUGAAAAAACCUUGAUGCUCUUUCUUGUCAUCUUCUUCCUCUCAGCCGAUCCACUUAAUCUCCAUGAACUUGUAAUCUGAUUUUUCUCCGUUUCAGAAAUGGUAUGUGCAGGCAGAAUACUGUAUUUAUCUUGCUCAACGACGCCGUUUUCUCCAUCCACUUCGGCGUUUCCUACUUCAACAUAUUUCCAUGCGAAUCGUAGAAAUGGAAUUAGAUUGCGAUCCAUGGCCUCCGAUGCUGACGCAUCUUCAUACGCUACUUCCUUAGAUUCUGAAUCCUCCGAUAGAAACGCAGCCGGGUUUUGUAUAAUUGAAGGACCUGAGACAGUAGAGGACUUCGCUAAAAUGGAGUUGCAGGAAAUUCGAGAUAAUAUUAGAAGUAGGAGGAACAAGAUAUUUUUGCAUAUGGAGGAGGUACGCCGACUAAGAAUACAACAAAGGAUAAAGAGUGCUGAGCUUGGGAUAAUAACGGAAGCACAAGAAAAUGAGCUUCCUAAUUUCCCAUCGUUCAUUCCUUUUUUGCCUCCUCUUACAUCAUCAAAUCUUAAGCAAUAUUAUGCUACUUGUAUAUCCCUCAUUGCCGGAUUUAUGCUUUUUGGUGGACUUCUAGCACCCAGUUUGGAGCUAAAAUUGGGACUAGGAGGCACAUCAUAUGCGGAUUUUAUUGGAAGCAUGCAUCUACCAAUGCAACUGAGUCAGGUCGAUCCAAUUGUGGCAUCAUUCUCUGGGGGUGCAGUUGGGGUGAUCUCUGCUUUGAUGGUUGUUGAAAUUAAUAAUGUGAAACAGCAGGAGCAUAAGAGAUGCAAGUACUGUCUUGGAACAGGAUAUCUUGCUUGUGCUCGAUGUUCCAACACUGGAUCUCUUGUUCUUAUUGAGCCUGUUUCAACAAUUUAUGGUGCGGACAAGCCUCUGUCACCACCUAAAACAGAGAGGUGUUCCAACUGUUCAGGUUCAGGAAAGGUCAUGUGCCCUACGUGUCUUUGUACUGGGAUGGCUAUGGCAAGUGAACACGAUCCACGAAUUGAUCCAUUUGAUUAAAUAGUAUAGAAUAUAGAUUUCCUUUACUGGAAUUCUUAAUAUUGAAUGUGUAAAGUUUAGAUGAAAGCAUCGCCCCUGAAUGAACACAGCCUAUUUUAUAAGAGAGUUUAAAUUAGUAUGAGAAAA